GGAAGAAUGUUGUGUUUGGUGUUGUGCGUUGUAUUCCUGUUUCAUCCAUUACUAACGGAUUCUUCAGGAAUCAAACCCCAUGCCUUUGUCAAAAGUGAGGUUGGCUCUUUUCUGAAGCAUGCGCCAUGGAAACACACCGAUAUGUCCGCUUCUAUCAGCGGUCCCAUGAUUUUGACUCUACAGUCCAAGUAUAAGUUAGGCGGUGGUCUCGUUUUCAGAAAGAAAUUUCCCGAAAAGUACAAAGACUGCUCAGAAAUUUUGAAAAUGAAGCCACACAGGAAAAACAGAGACGGUGUAUAUACCAUUUAUCCCACUGAAAGAAUGAAGAAAAGGGCGUUUUGUGACAUGACAACAGAAGGAGGGGGAUGGACGAUAGUGAAUGUUGAUGCCAAUAACAACGUGGUGAUCGAGGAGAAGUUGGAUGAAUCAAGAAAAAAUUGUUCGUCUGGUGAUAAUUCACAAGAAUGCCUAGGAAAUGAAGAAAUGUAUCCAUCUGAUGCAUCAGAGAGUGAGGAAUCGGAAGAAGAGCAUGAGAAGAUGAUUUGUUGGAGACGAGUUAUGGAACUUGGAAUUCUAGUGGACAAUUUGGAAAAAGGUUGUACUGCGUGUGGUAACAAUGCCAUACAUGAUUUAACAAAAAGCGGGAAAAUGAAACUAAGAAUAGAUAUGAAAAAGUUUAACAGGGAACAAGGAUUUGUACAAUACUCCACGUUUGUUGUCGGAAGUAGAUCGGAUAAGUACAGGCUGAAAGUAACAGGAUUCCGGGGAUCAUUCGGAAUGAAGGAUUCCUUUGCUUAUCAUAAUGGGAUGAAAUUUUCCACAAAAGACAGUGACAAUGACCGUUCGAGCAGUAACUGUGCCGUAUCGUAUGGAAAUGGAUGGUGGUUUAACACUUGUCAUCAUAGUAAUCUGAAUGGUGUAUACUAUAGAAAACCAACGGUUAGUAAUAACGGAAUGACCUGGGAACGCUGGGAUAACAAACGCAACUGGGAUUAUUUGAAAUCUUCAAAGAUGAUGAUCAAACCAAAGACAUAAAUGUAAUUGGAUAUGUUCCA